UCUGCACUGCACAUGGCUGCUCUGCACCGGCGGCUGGACUGCCUCAAAAUGCUCAUUGAGAAAUUCAAGGUCAGCGUGAACGUGGCCAGCGUGACGGGCUGGAGGCCCAUCCACCUGGUGAUCAGCAAGGAGGGCGGGAGCACCGCGCUGGACUGCCUGCAGUACCUCAUCGGCAAAGGGGCGGACAUCAACGUGCAGAACCACGCCGGGGUGUCCCCUCUUCACAAGGCAGCGAGCGAGGGGCACGAGAUGUGCGUCAAGGCACUGAUCGACGCGGGCGCCAAUGUCCACGCCACGGACGGAGAGGGGCACAUGCCCAUCGAUGUGUGCAGGAUGUGGGGCAGCAAGACCUGUGCCCGCUACCUCGCCAGUGCCAUGUGGAAAAGGGACAAGGCGAACCUGGCUCGGGAGGUCUUCAGACUGAAUGCAAUCAAAGCGGAGUGCGAGAAGAGGCAAAGGGAAUUCCUUAGAAGAGAGCAGAGGGAGUUGGACAUCUUCAACAGCCUGGCCUUUGAAAAGUGGCUAGCAAAAAAGAACUUUCCCCUGCCCUCCGGUAGGAUCUUGGGCUUGCUGGAAAGCAGGCGCCCGCUGUCGGUGGCCCUCCAGAAAUACACAGGGAAGACGGCCAGCCUGGCCUCCUGCGCCAGCCGCACGCUGGCCAGAGCAGCAGGCUUCGACCCGGGCAUGCCCCAGAGGAGCCGCAGACGGGAGUCGUGGAACGGCAGCCCCAACCCGGCCUCGGUGCCAGUCACGUGCAUCGCCCGCCCAGUCACCGUCCGGCUGGGGGUGGACCCGGAGGAGCCCCAAGACCACGACUUCACCUCCUUCCUGUUUCUCUUCCGGAAUGCCUUUGGGGAGCCCGAGAUCCAGGUGGGCAACAUGGAAAUGGUCUCGGAUGUGCCCAAGCUGCCUUUUGACGUCAUCGCAAGGAGCCUGUUUCCCCGGAUGCAGGGCAGCCGCCUGGAGGUCCCAGCAGGUCUGCGGCCCGCGCACCUCCUGGACCUGAAGCACAGGCGCCCCCCGGGGCCAGAGCAGGUGUGGACAGACCAGAUGGCUGUGAGCUUGCGGCAGACCCUCGACCCGGCCUUCCUCCGUGCACUUAAGGCCCAUCUCUCCACCUACGCUGACCCCAGCGUGCUGUCUCCGAGGGGGCAGUCCGAGUGUGCCAGCGACCGGCAGGCUGCCUCAACCCUGGGCAGAGGUGGCCACAAGUGCUAGGCCCUUCCGUGCUCUCA